AUCCCACUCUAUAAUACUAUAAUUAACAUCAUUCACUCCCUUCUCAUCUCAUACUCCCUCACACCUCUACUGUCACAACUUCAAGCUUUCAACUUUUCCACAUCUUCAUGGACUGGACCCGAGGCCACAUGCUCGGCCGUGGUUCCACCGCCGCCGUCUACACCGCUCAGUCCCGCCGAUCCGCUCCCGUCUUUGCCGUCAAGUCGGCAGAGCUACACCACUCGGAAUUCCUCCGAAGGGAGCAGAUGAUUCUUUCCACUCUUAACUGUCCUCAUAUUGUUGCCUACCAAGGUUUUGACACCACGUUUGAGAAUGGUGUUUACUGGUUCAACAUGUUCAUGGAAUACGCGCCUCACGGGACGCUGGCGGAGCGCGGUGGUCGCAUGGACGAAGCGGUGGUGGGAUCCUAUACGCGCCAAAUUCUGCAGGGGCUGCACUACCUCCACUCCCGUGGGAUAGUGCAUUGCGACGUGAAGGGGCAGAAUGUAUUGGUGACGGAGAAGGGGGUGAAAAUUUCGGAUUUGGGUUGUGCCCGGAGGGUGGGGGAGGUGUCGGCCAUCGCCGGCACGCCGGCGUUCAUGUCUCCUGAGGUGGCGCGUGGGGAGCAGCAGGGGUUUCCUGCUGACGUGUGGGCUCUGGGGUGCACGGUACUGGAGAUGAUCACCGGGAAGCCACCGUGGCACGGCGGAGGAGACCCGGCGGGAGUGAUUUACAGGAUCGGGUUCUCCGAUGAGUUGCCUGAGAUUCCUAGCUGUGUGUCCGAGCAGGGGAGGGACUUUUUGGGAAAGUGUUUGAAGAGGGACCCGAAUGAGAGGUGGUCGGUGGAGGAGCUUCUUGGACACGGUUUUGUUAAGGAAUGCACGGAAUUGAAGUUGCUUUUGUUGGAUUCAGACACUCCCACUGGUGUGUUGGAACGAGGAUUUUGGGAUUCCUUGGAGACAACUGAGCAUGGAGCACGUGAUUGUCCCUCUGCUAGGGACAGAAUUCGUAGGUUGUUUUCGGACGAACCCCUUUGGGUAUGGAAAAACGAUGAUGAUAAUGAUGAUGAGCAAUGGGUGACGGUGAGGAGCAAUGAGUUCCAUGAAGAAUUAUCCUUUCACAAAACAGACACUACUUCUUUUAAUAUAGUUAGUGAUGAGGAAAACGGUUUUGUUACAUUAUUUGAACCUAAAAUUGUAGUAACAACAGUAGUUGAAUUGAGUAGAUGGAAUGGUAUUACUUGUGAUGAUUGUUAUCUUGGAGGCAGAAACUGUGAUUGUCGCUGCAGAGAAUCAUUAUUGUCAGUUUUUGUGUGUGUAGUGAUUGUUCUCGAUGGAAAAUUUGAUUCUCCUGAGAUGGGAAUUUUUAUUUUUAUCAUGCAUUGCUUUCUGUUACUGCUCUCUCUGUCUCUCUUUAAUUCAACUUUGGAUGGACUCAACACUUUUCAUUUUCAUCACUAUAAUAUAAUACGGGAUAAUGUGUGCGCCACAUAA